GGCGGUCUGGAGAGACUGGCGGAAGCCAGCUUUGCAACAUGGCGGCCGAAGCAGAAGGGCCGCUCAAGCGGGUGUUGGUGCCAAUUCUUUUACCUGAAAAAUGCUACGACCAAAUUUUCGUCCAGUGGGACCUGCUUCACGUUCCCUGCCUCAAGAUUCUCCUCAGCAAAAGCCUGGGUUUGGGCAUUGUGGCGGGGUCACUCCUGGUAAAACUGCCUCAGGUGUUUAAAAUACUGGGUGCCAAGAGUGCUGAAGGACUGAGUCUCCAGUCAGUAAUGCUGGAGCUAGUGGCAUUGACUGGGACCAUGGUUUACAGCAUCACCAACAACUUCCCCUUCAGGUGUUGCUUUCCUAGCCUGCUACGCCCUGGUCCUGCUGGUGCUGCUCUCACCACUGACGCCCCUGGCUGUAGUCACCCUGCUCCAGGCCUCCAACGUGCCUGCUGUGGUGGUGGGGAGGUUGCUCCAGGCAGCCACCAACUACCGCAACGGACACACCGGUCAGCUCUCAGCCAUCACCGUCUUUCUGCUCUUUGGCGGCUCACUGGCCCGAAUCUUCACCUCUAUACAGGAAACUGGAGACCCCCUCAUGGCUGGAACUUUUGUGGUCUCUUCCUUAUGCAAUGGUCUUAUCACUGCCCAGCUCCUCUUCUACUGGAAUGCAAAGGUUCCCCCAAAGAAGAAAAAGCAGUAGGGCUAAACCAGCUACUGGAAUGCAUUCCAUGUUUCUGUUUAGCCCCCCAAUCUCAGGAUCCUUCCCAUCUGAUCUAGUCAUCUGCUGUGAUUUCUAAACCAUUCCCCAGACCGCUGUAACUCUAACUUUUUGAGCCAGAAUUUCCAGUGGAAAUGCAGUUUGUAAAUCCAAAGCUUUAGAAAGGAUAGACGUAGGUUUUCAAGUUGACAUUAGACAUUUAUCAUGUGCUGUUUUGUGCAUGUGCUAUUAAGUCGUAAUAAUCUGGCUAAGAUUCCUCCUUUAUAAGCAAUUUCCAGAUACAUACCUAUUCUGGGAAAAUGUCUUGCCCUGCCCUAUCUUCCCACACCCUAGGAAGGCGUGAAUGGUGAAAAGGUCUGUUUACGGGUCUGUGCCUUCCCCCUCCCUCCACUGGACUGUCUCUUGGACCCCCAAUGCUAGGUGGGUAGUGGAGGAAGGGGGGCUGUGAAUGACUCAAGCAGGGCCUCGGGGUGGGGUGAGGAGGUUCAUGCUCUGGCAGGUCCAGGCGGAAGGGAGUGGAGCCAGAACUGGUUCCUGCUAUGUUGAAGGGGAACAGAUGGGACAAUAAAGACUCAGAGACAUGGUUAAA